UACACUACAACACCAUAUGGACAAUAAUCCGCCAUUAUUUUCUUUCCUGUAUCAGAGCAUCAUGGGUAGGAAACACAGUAUCGGUGACGUCACAUAAUUAGAGUAAAUACAAAGUAGACUGAUGUGCAAGUGGUGUGCUGUGUAUGAGCUCAGUGAUUUCUUACGAUUUUAUAAUGGAUAACAAUAAGAUACAGUUAAUCGGUGCACCUUGCGGACACCACGGCCCCUAUACGUUCUAUAAAGCGUUUAAAUAUAACAAAAACGGAAAGUGCAGGAUUUUAGCCCUAAGUGAUUUUUUCUUUGUGAAGUUAUGGAGUGAUUCUGAUUUAAUGAGUAUUGGAGAAUUACAGUUGUUGUGGAUGGACAAAAAUAGCGAACAAGUGCUAGCGAGCUUACGUUUAUAUUUUCUACCCGAAAAUACGCCAGAAGGAAGAAGUGAUGAUCAUGGAGAGGUAAGACCUGCCCACUGCAACGUGCAAACUGUUGGUUUCUGUAAGAACCGAUGCGUGCUACGUGUCGCUUAUUGUUUACCGUUUAACAAGAAUUUACCUGAUUUUGUGCUGCGAUCCAAUACUAUGGACGCGGCUUACGUGCACCACCUCACUCCAGAUGGAAAAUAG